CAAGGGCAUUCAUUUACCAUCAAAAAACUUUCCACUCUAAAACGACUUUAUUUUGAAUUGCGAAAACAACGACAUGUCCUCCACCCACAAACAACUCUAUAAAAAUGACGCAUUGAGUUCCAUAGAGAUGCGUCGUCGUCGCGAAGGAGACUGCAUUCGAUUGCGGAAAAUAAAACGCCAAGAGCAGUUCCUUAAGCGACGCAUUGGAUUGGAGAGUUGCGCCAGCAACGAUCUGCAGACUGCCGACAUGCACAUUGAUGGCCAUCCUAAAAUCACUAAUGAGUUAGUUCAGCUGCUGUACAGCGAACACGGGAGCGACCAACUGAAUGCCACAAAAAAGCUCCGCAAGCUGCUGUCCGACGGUCCCAAUCCACCCAUCGAGGAGGUAGUCAGGAAAGGUUUGGUGCCGCAGUUGGUAUCCUUUCUCCGGAGUGGCUCGAAUGCCGCCCUGCAAUUCGAGGCCGCCUGGACGCUGACGAACAUUGCCUCGGGUGAUUCGCACCAAACCUGGUCCUUGAUCGAGGCCGGAGCAGUGCCCAUUCUCAUUGAGCUGCUAUCCAGUUCGGUCCAGUGUCCAGAAGUCCAGGAGCAGGCUGUGUGGGUUCUGGCCAACAUAGCCGGCGACUCUUCAAUGUCCCGGGAUCAUCUGCUCGACUGCGGACUUCUAGUUCAUCUUCUGCAGACCUUGGCAAACACAGAGCGCAUCUCCAUGAUCCGCAAAGCUGUAUGGACAUUAUCCAAUCUGACUCGUUUUAAAAACCCGCCCGUAGAUUUUACCAAAGUCGUACCCUGUCUUCCCAUUCUGGCACGAUUGCUGGACUUCACCGAUGCGGAUGCACUUGCUGAUACUUGUAGGGCCAUCGGCCACCUGUUGGAUGGACCGAACAAUCAAAUCCAGACCGUUCUUGAUGCGGGAGUUGGCCAUCGCCUGGUAGAACUACUACUACAUCCACAGCAGAACGUAAGCACAGCCGCGUUGAAGGCAGUGGGCAACAUUGCGACCGGAGAGGAUCAGCAAAUUCAGGUGAUAUUGGACAAUAAUGCCCUGCCCCACAUUAGCCAACUUCUGAGCUCGCCGAAGGAGGAAAUCAAGGAAGAGUCCUGCUGGACAAUCUGUAAUAUUGCGGCCGGCAAUCGGGAGCACAUUCAGGCCAUUAUAAAUGCCAGCUUAUUUCCCAAAUUGGUCAAUAUCACGCAGACGGCAGAAUUCAAGACUCGCAAAAUGGCAGCUUUGGUCAUUGCCAAUGCCACCAGCGGCGGAUCCUCUGAGCAGAUCAAGUACUUAGUUGAGGUGGGCUGUGUGCCUCCCAUGUGUGAUUUUCUCACGAUCCUUGACUCGGACAUAAUCCUCGUGGCACUGAAUGCUCUGGAAAACAUUUUAAAAGCGGGAGAAGAGCACCAUUCGCGGCCAAAUCCCUAUGCCCUUGCCAUCGAGGAAUGCUGUGGUCUAGAUAAGAUAGAGUAUUUGCAGGCGCACGAAAACCGCGACAUCUACCAAAAAUCGUUCGACAUUAUUAAGUUGUACUUUGGUAGUGAGGAAGAUGACUGCCGGAUGGCCCCCGUUCAGCUUGAAUUCGAUGCGGUUAUGCCCAUCAAUGGCUUUAAUUUUUAAGCCUUAUUCCUAGCAGAAUAGCAUUACCACGAUCGAAAUGCAAAUCUUUAACUACCAGCUUUAAAGUAAAAUUGAUCACACAAUUAUGUGCAUAUUAUGUAAAUUAUAUUGUAAAUAUUUAAACAAACGUUGUACACUUAUACAAACAAAGUAGCUUUACAAUUGUGAUAACAAAU